AUGUUCCAGCACACGCUCCGAGUACAGGUACCGGCAACCGACAAUUAUACCUCAUAUACCGUCCACAAUGCUGACUACUUAACGCGCGCAGGGCCAAUCGCUCGCCAGAGCCGCCCUCAGGCAAAAUGCCGUCACCCUCCGCCGCACCUUCAUCACUCCUACUGCCGUGCGCCAGGGCAUGUUCUCCCCAUACGCGUCGGCACAUACCUCGAUCUGACUGAUGAACAGCCGAUCUCGUGCAAGACAUGUACCUGAAGGAGCUCAAGGCCUACAAGCCCCAACCUGUCAAGCCCAACGAUGCCGAGGGCCAAGUCCAGAAGUUUUCCAUCCCUAAGCCACCACCAUCCCCAGAAGAGGCCGACCUCCAAAACGACCUCUCCGCCUAUGAGCAGCAGACACCCGAAGUUGAAGGCCAGAGCGGCGCCGAAGCCGGUUCCGGAGCUCCAGUCCAGGACUGGUUCGAUGAGAGCGUUCUGGAGGAUGAGGAGCCAGCGCAUCACUAG